ACGUUUGAUAUAUCGAGAAGAUUGAAUGAUGGAAUUGUUCAUAAAGAAAUAAUAUAUAUUGACUGAAAAAAGUAUUAUAUCGUUCUAACGAAUUGUCCAACAUAUAAGUAAUCAAAUAUUAUUGUUUGCAAAUAAUGUAGAUUAGUGUUAAUUUUGUUUUCUUAGAUAUUUUUGUACAAAUAAAUUAACAAGAAAGAUUGUUAAUAACCGAAUACAAAUGCAUAUAUUUACAUUAUGACCGAUCAAAAGGGAUUUUGUAUAAGAAGCAUAAAAUUAAAGGUACCAAAUAUCGAAGUGACCCCUUUGGAAAACUUUGACUUUUCAGAAGCGCUGGAAUCAGUCUAUCCCCUUUUAGACAUUAUUUUUAGUUUUUUAAAUUAUAAUGACUUGAGAACAUGUUACGAAGUAAAAAUGACAUGGAGAGAAGUUGCUCAAAGGAUUUUAGAGAAAAGAAAUAAAUCCAGUUGGUUUACGUGUUAUAAUGCUAAGGUAUCUUCUACGGUUAAACCCAAGAUAAUUAGACAUAGUGAUAACCUUAAUUAUAAUAAUGUGGAUAUGGGUAUCAUUUUAUAUGAUUUUAGAAGGAUUAAACUUAACAGCUACAUUUGUGUCCAUAAUUUUUAUCAUGAUAUGGACCUGUCAAGGAAAACUGUUCCAGAAUACCUUGAAGAGGAAUUGGUACCACAAAACAUUAAUUAUUGCUUAAUAUCGUGUCCAAAAGUUGUCUCAUACUUUGACGUAAUCAAGAAGGAAGAUGUUGGAUGUGGUUCAGUUUUGGAUGGUUUGUUCUUACCUAAAAUCCCCAAAAUAAGAACAGCCAUGUUCCACUGUAAUCCGCUCAAAAAAGAUUUACGUAAAUAUCUAGAAAGUCACAUAAAAUCGACUGAAGAAGUAAAGUGUCUUCUGCUGUUUUGUACCAAAAACCUAAAUAAAUCUAUAUAUAAUUUAUUGAAAGUCUUGAUACCUGAAAAUAAUGCCUCAUCAGUGGCAGUCGGAGGGGGUGUUAUCAGAGGAACUAAAACUUUUCAGCAAAUUACACCUGCAAAAAGGGUAUUUUCUAGCAAUGACACCUUCUGCAUAGUUUUCUUGCAAGAACAAUGCACUCGCACAGAUUUUAAUGCUUUUUCUUUUGUUAUUUUUGGUGACGAUUUGUCAAAAGAGGAAUUUGAAGAAGAGCUUUUAAAGUUUAAAAAACAAAUAAUAUUAAGAACUAAUAGUGUCGCCUUUAGAGUAUGUUGUUCAGCAAAGAUAUAUUCAGAAGAGGAACUUGUUCUAUUUAAUAAAGUUUUUCCAAAUAUACCAUUGCUGGGAAUGAAUGCCGAUGGUGAAAUUGGAUGGAAUUGCCUUUACAUGCCUGAAAAAGCUGAUGAUGGAGAUGGAGAAUCAGAGGCAAAGAAAGCCAAACACAAGUAUCCAAAGGUGCAACAUCAGUGGUCUACAAUUCUUGUAUUAAUUACAUGGGGCCCAUUACUUACAAAAUAGUAUUUUCCAUAUAUAAGAUAGCAUUUAUACUUGUUUUAACAAAAAAGUUUUAUAUACACACAAAUUGUAAAUAAGAAAUAAAGUAUUAAUUUAUUAAAUA